GGAUUGACUACAAAAUGCUCAGUCAUUUGUCAGGAAGGUGUUAAAGCAUCCCCACUGAUUGCAGCUGAUCAUACUGUUCGCCUACCUUUGAUCUUGGAAGCUACAGAAAAGAUAAAGCAUGAUGGACUUAAGGAAGUUGCAAAAGACUUGAAACGACAUUUAGAUCUGUUCCAGAAACACAUUAAUCUUUGGAAGGACUUGUCACAUGUGAAGGUGAAAGAUGCGACAUUCGAAACAGGCUCUAUAUACUUGAUAUUUGAAUUUAACAGUGAUGACUCUUUGGAUGACUUCUAUGCCUGUACCAAGAUUGAAGGCAAUGAAUUAUCACGAUGCAUCUCAGCAUUUUUCGAUGAGCAAAGUCUUGAAUGGAUAGCUGGCUUGACUUUUGGUUCAGAGGUAAAAUGCAAGGUGCAGAUGACAAAACCAGAAUACUUGAAGGCCCAGUAUGACAUAUGUCCAGAAAAUUUCCCAAAGCAAAGCUCUAGAGAUGAACAGAAGAAAGAGCGCAAAAUAAAUGUUCAUUAUGAAGUUGUUACAGAAAAGGCAGAGGGAACUUCUGUUAAAGAGAGGGUAGAGCAGUAUGCCAAUUCCAGCAAAACUGAAACACAAAGACAGCCAGGGAGUUAUCCCCAUGAACAGAAUACAAAGGACAUUCAGACAGAAUCUGGCAACAAUAGGCAGAAUAAGCCAGAAGGUGAUGUAAAACAUGUAAGUAGUACAAGCAGCAAAUGCUCUAAGCAGCAAUGA